ACUCAAAUGACUAUGAGUGUGUGUGUGUGUGUGUGUGUGUGUGUGUGUGUGUGUGUGUGUGUAAAUAUCCUGAACACAUGCUGAAGUCCAGCUGUCUGAUCAAAACCUUUGACCUGUAAGGUACUGCACAGCAUCUUCUCCUCCUGAAAGCUGAUUCAACAGUUUUCCUCACUGCAGUGAUGAAGGGUAACAUGCUGAUCUUAACUACACUUUCCUUGCUCCUUUCCUGGAUGCUGUCUGUGGACUCCAGGGCGGUCCCACAAGAUGCCAAAGAAAUGAGCAUGGUUGACGACUCGGUUGAUGACAUGUAUUUCAACUGCAAAGAUUCAAUGAUGACAAUUAUCAAGGACAAAUACUUUGAGAAUGAAAAGAAAUCAUUUGCAAACGUCUGGAACGAUGCAAUAAAUACCUGUGAACCAAAAUUUGAACAGAGAGAGGAUAAGGUUCUAACCAGAGAACACUUGCAAGCAAUCUUUGUUUAUACAUCUAACCGCGUGUAUGAAAAGUUCAAUAAGGAAGUCCGGACAGGAAGAAGCAUCUUUAAUUCCUCAUUCCAGUUCCACUCUUUACAUUACCUGCUGACAUCUGCCAUACAGAUCUUGAAUAACAAUAACACAUGUCACAUCACUUACAGGCGAACUGAUUAUACCUUUACUGGCAAAGUCGGUCAGACAAUCCGGUUUGGUCUCUUUGCCUCCAGCUCUUACCGAACAGACUUGAAACACUUUGGUAACGAGUCCUGCUUUAAAAUUAAGACCUAUUCAGGUGCUUUUUUGAAAAGUUAUUCAUGUUAUCCAGGGGAGCGAGAGGUGCUUAUCCCUCCCUAUGAGAUGUUCAGUAUAACCAGCAUUAAUGAUCAGGGUGAAAUUCAAGGUCUGGAAGAUUGUAAAAAUGUCUUUGUGUUGGAAAGUGCAGGGUAUAAGAGCAGUCUGAAUUGUAUGCUGGACCGUUACUGGCGGGAGAAGUCUUCCUCCAGGUGUGUGAUACAUGCUAGCUCUUCUACUCAGACAAAAUAUGAAAUAAAUAUCAAAUGUUGGCUGUAUUUAUUAGUAGUUGUAAUAUUGUUUUGAGUUGGCUAUCUGGUAAUUUGCACAAUCCUUCAACGUUGUAGAGAUAAAGGUAGUAACCAGAACCCCCCCCCCGCACAGAUCAUAUGACUCCUGUUCUCCAGCAACUUCACAGGCUUCCUGUUAAAUAUCGCAUCGAUUUCAAAAUUCUGCUUCUCACUUCAAGGCCCUUGACAAUCAAACCCCUUCCUACCUGUCUGAACACCUUCAUAUCUACACACCCUCCUGUACUCUUAGAUCCUCUUCUGCACUCCAGCUCACAUCACCAUUUGUCGGCUUGACCACUAUGGGUUCUAGAGCCUUCAGCUGUUCGGCCCCCCUCGCCUGGAGCUCUCUCUCCCAUGACAUUCGCAAUAUUGACUCCCUUUCCACUUUUCCACUUUCAUCCUGUCUGAAAACCCACCUUUUCAAGCUGGCAUACUCAUAGAUUUAUAGAGACACACACAUAUUGAUGAUGAUUUUAUUAUGAUUAUUUUAUACCUAGUGUUUAUACUUAUGAUUGUUUAUGAUUGUUUAUGAGUGUUUAUACUAGUCAUUUAUUGUAUAUUACUGAAUUGUUUGAUUUUAUGAUCUAUGGAUACACUGCUACUUGUUUUUUUUACUGUAUCUUGUAAGGUGACCUUGAGUGUCCUGAAAACAUCCUGUCCUAAAACAUUACUAUUUACUGCAGCUUACCAGUGAACUAGAUAUGUAACUUAUUGUUAGGAUAAUCUGUAGCUAUUGUUUUUAUAUUUGUCUGCUGUUGCUUUUGCUUUAUGUUUGCUUUUUAAAUGCAUUUUCUGCACUGUUUUUAACUAUUUAUGUUCUUGCUUUUAGCUCUUGUUUUUAAUGAUCUAUUGUUUUUAAUGUAUUUCUCUUGCAAAGCACAUUGAAUUGCCUUGUGUAUGAAUGGUGCUAUAUAAAUAAAAUUGCCUUGCCUUGCCUGAAAGGUGCCUAUAAAUGAAAUGCAUAAUUAUUAUUAUUAUUAUUAUUAAAAACUGUGCCCAAAAAUAAUUAAAGACC